GCUGAAGAAUAUAAAAUGAAUUUCAAUCAAGAUUUUACCUCCGUGUCGGUUCUGACAAGCAACUCUUUCCGUUUAUUUGCAAUUAGUGCUGGUAAUAAAAUUGAUGAGAUUUUUUCAACGGAAAAUUCGGAAAAUAUACGAAUAGUUGAGCGUUUGUUUAAUAGUUCACUGGUUGUGCUGGUUACUGAUUUAAAACCCAAAUCUCUAAGAAUGUUGCAUUUCAAAAAGAAACAAGAGAUAUGCAAUUGCUCUUAUCCCUCCGAUAUACUUUGUAUACGUAUGAAUCGUUGCCGUUUGGUGGUGUGUUUGGCCAAAGAUAUACAUAUCCACGAUAUACGUAAUAUGAAGGUUUUGAAUUCCAUUAAAAAUAUUCCGCCAAAUGAAUUGGGCUUGUGCUCGCUAUCGUUAAACUCCCAUUUAGCGUUUCCUAUUAGCACAUCGACUGGAGAACUACGCAUUUUUAAUGUCAAUAAAAUGAAAACUGGUUUAAUAAUAAAAGCUCAUGAUAGUGUGUUGUCGGCCUUAAGUUUCUCCCCGAACGGCAGUUUGCUGGCGACAGCUUCAGAGCGUGGAACAGUGAUACGAGUAUUUUGCGUGAAAAAUGGUCAACGGAUUCAGGAAUUUAGAAGAGGGGUGAAACGUUGCGUGCGUAUAGCAUCGCUAGUGUUCUCAAACAAUGGUGAAUAUUUGUGUGCCUCUUCGAACACAGAAACGGUGCAUAUCUUUAAGGUGGACUCGAAAGCGAUAGAGCUGGCUGAAGCGAAACCUAAAAGUGAUCAUGAAGACUCCAAACUGGCUGAAGAAAAUGAUAGCCAGGAUAGUAAUAGUGUUCCGAAUUCUUUACAAUUUGCCACUCAAAACGCUCCCACCCCUAGUACCUGCGGUAGCCAGUCUUGGUUAAUGAGUGGCUACCUAACAAAAGCUGUGACGUCGUACCUGCUGCCCUCUCAACUUGGUGAUAUCUUAGCUCAAGAUCGGGCUUUCGCCACUGCCGUCUUAGCUCAGCCGGGCCUUAAACAUGCCUGCGGCUUGGCACGAAUACAAAAAGAACCACGCUUGCUGAUAGCUUCUGAAGAUGGUUUCCUAUAUAUUUAUGAUUUCAAUACCGAAAAAGGUGGCACUUGUAAACUAUUGCAUGUACAUGAUCUACGUGGGACUUUAGAAGGAGUAAUUGAACUUAAUAUAGAUAAGUGCUGUGGAUUAGGAAGCUCUACACCUACUUCACUUCCACCAAGUCCACAAGCUGAAUAUUCCAAGGAGUUAAAAUUCGAUACUGCAGAGGAUGUUACAGUUAUAAUAGAAAAUUCUGAAAUUGUACCAGAUAACUCGUACGCCAGCAUUGUUAAAGGUGAUCAAACGAUAACAGCUUUGACAGAAUCCGCAAAAUUUCGUAACCUAUGUGAUGCAAUCGACACGCCCAGUAAACUAUUUGAUGAGCUUCAAUUUCCGCCGGUUGCCAUAGCUGCCAAAGAAUGACAAAAUAUGAACGAGAAGUAAAAUAAAUAUUACUUUAAACGAUUAGUUAAAUUUUUGUAUAAAACAAAACAGAAAUUGAAAGGAAAAAGAAAUUUCCAUAUAUUAUUUUAAAGAGCAUUUAACUUUUACUGAAUAUCCAAAAUAGUUUAAUUUUAAUUUUAUUCAAUGCUAAAAUAUUUAUAAUAGUUAUAAUUUUUCUUUUCAUGUCAAGAAGUAUAGCACACACACACUAAUGACUAAUGAUUUAUUUAAAUUCAUUUUAAUUAAAAACACUAUACACAUACAGUUAUUUAUAAAACAACCUUUUUAAAAUAAGCCGUUAUAUGGAAAGUGGUCGGGAAAGCAGUCCAAUCCGAACCAUUUUCAAUAGCGUUCCUUUUUGCGUCGAAACAUGUCUGUGUAAUAAAUUUCAUUAAAAUACCUGAAAAAUUGCGGUCUGUAGAUUGAAUAAAUGAAAAAAAGAAGACGGACAGAUGGAGAGACAAGCUUCAAUCGAAUUAUAAAACGAUUCUGGAUUGGACAGUAUAAUAAAACGUGAGUUUAUCGCGAGCCCUCCUGAAUGUUGCAUGCAUCCUCACGGUUUAGGGUACAUAUGUAGGAUAUCUAAAGCCCUUAGCACGCUUGUGGGGAUUUUUGAUUAAGCACUGAUCAUAUUUACAUAUACUGUCAUCAUCAUUGUAAUCACAUUCCUUAGUUUUCUCAAAUUCGUUUAACAUAGACAAUCAUUUUAAUAUUACCUUUCUAAUGAUCAGAGAAGAUAUAUAAAUAUAAAUAUAAAAAUAAAUAUAAAUAUAUAAAUGUGAAUA